AUGGCCACCACAGCCGUACAGGUGCCCGCCCGCGACCCAUGGUCAUCCGUGGACUUCGAAGCCAUCGAUAAAUGGCGCGUCAAAGCCAUCGAAAAAGCCGCGGCCCGAACCGCACCAUCGUCGUUGGAUCCAAGUGUUCAGGAAUUCCUCAAUCUCCUCAACAAAAAUCAGGACCUGGGGGCUCUGGCAAACAAAAUGCUCAGUGAAGUUCCCCCCACUCCGACAUACGAUUUCGACCCAACCGGCAAGUUCUGCCGCAUUACAGACUACAACCACAUGGUGCAAUGUCUUAACGAUAUUAUCCACAAGGCGCCACCCUGGGACCAUGAUGCUUACAAGGUCGGGCUCAUUGGCGUUCCAUUCAACGCGCUUUUCAAUUGGCCGCUGGCGACAGAGAGCGGAUAUAAGUUUUUCAAAGACGACAGGGUUAAUACCUGCUUGAAGAAGAUCCUAGAUGCACAUGGCGAAUACCUCAAAAGGGAGGCCUCCAAGGAAGUUCUCCCGGGGUGGUUCGAGGAAGAGCCGCUGCAGAUCAUGACCGAGAAAGCAUCCCCGUAUUGGCCCGACGGCAAAGAGAAGUCCUUCGAUAAAAUCUACGACUGUGUCUCAACCGAUAAAAAAUACAAGGGCUUCAAAACCUGGGAUGACUUCUUCACUCGUCAGUUCCGCGAGCCUGUUCGACCGGUCAAUCACGAGGACAAGAACCACGAUCCGCAGGAGCCGAGUAAGGCGGUUAUCACGAAUGCAUGCGAGUCAGUUGUCUACCGAUGCGAGGAGAACGUGCAGAGGAAAGAUCGCUUCUGGUUAAAGGGUCAGCCUUACUCACUAUCCGAUAUGCUGGACUUUGACGAGGACGUGGACAAAUUUGUUGGUGGCACCGUCUACCAAGCUUGGCUGGCCGCUGAGUGUUAUCAUCGCUGGCACUCCCCAGUAUCUGGCACCGUGGAGAAAGUCAAAAUAGUGCCAGGAACGUACUUCUCGGGGCUGCGAGAGUACGGUUUCCCUGAAGUGUCUGGAAACCGCAAUAUUCCUGAUCCCUCGGGCCCGAACCUGUCCCAACGAUAUAUCACAUCCGUAGCUACGCGGGCUCUUAUCUUUAUCAAGGCCGAUAAUCCCACUAUCGGACUCAUGUGUUUCAUUGCCGUUGGAAUGGAUGAAAUAUCCAGUUGUGAGGUCUUAGUAAAAAAAGGCCAGAGAAUCAUGAAGGGAGACCAGCUGGGUACAUUCCAUCUAGGAGGGUCCACACAUUGCUUGAUAUUCCGUCCAGAAGUCAAGCUGGAUUUUAACAGGGAUGCGCAACCGCCAUACAGUGACGUCGAGUUUGGCCAACAUACCAUUAUUCCAGUCAAUGCGUGGCUGGCUUACGCGGGAAGGGCCUGA